AAACAUGUCCUCUCUCUCUGUCUAUAAUUCUCUCGAUAUAAUUCUGCACACUGUGCUAUCGAGACAUCUCUGUCAUAGACAGGCUGUUGAUGUUUGGCACAUUAAUAUGAGCCCAUAAUGUUUAUUAGGAGAGUUGUCAGGAGAUGCGUUUUUCAUUAUGGUGGUCCCCAGACUGUCGUCCCAGUUGUGAAGGCUUCCAAACAGGAGACGCAGGGGUCCCGUGGUGGGCUGAUUCCUCACCUCGUGCAUCUCUUUCAUCUCUCCUCCUCUGAACUCUAGAAGACUCUGAGGAGCGAGACCAUGGCUCUCUUUUCAUCUCGAUGCUCUCCCUGCCUCCUCCUGUUCCUGUUUGUCGUCCUUUCUCUUCCUCCGUCCUGCGUUCCGGAGUCUCACCGCGAAGGACCGUCUCUCCAGCCCUCCUUCUCUCCCACAGAAUUUUCCACAAAACUUUACAGUUACCUGAAUGAAAGUUACAACAGCACCGUUCAAAACAAGAAGUGUUCUGACCUGGUCAAGUGCAACCCUGGAAUUAUUUUGCCGGUUUGGAAACCUCUGAAUCCGGGUCUCGCAGAACAGAUCGCCAGGGCCGUCAUCUAUUUUGUCUGUCUCAUGUACAUGUUUCUGGGAGUAUCAAUCAUCGCUGAUCGAUUCAUGGCUUCCAUAGAGGUUAUCACAUCCCAGGAAAAGGAGGUGACCAUCACCAUGCCGAACGGAGAGACAACAGUGGCCACUGUAAGAAUCUGGAAUGAAACCGUGUCUAAUCUUACAUUGAUGGCUCUUGGCUCGUCCGCCCCUGAAAUCCUCCUGUCGGUCAUUGAGGUGUGCGGUCACGGUUUCAAGUCUGGUGAGCUGGGUCCCGGCACCAUCGUGGGCAGCGCUGCUUUUAAUAUGUUUGUGAUCAUCGGGAUCUGCGUGUGGGUGAUACCUGACGGUGAGGUGAGGAAGAUUAAACAUCUGAGGGUGUUCUUCAUCACGGCCUUCUGGAGUAUCUUCGCCUACAUCUGGCUCUAUCUGAUCCUCUCUGUAAUCACACCUGGCAUCGUGGAUGUAUGGGAAGCUCUGGUUACUCUCUGCUUUUUUCCCGUCUGUGUGAUCUUGGCCUGGAUCGCCGACCGACGCCUUCUCUUCUACAAGUACAUGUCGAAACGUUACCGCGCGGACAAACGAACAGGGGUCGUCGUGGAGACGGAGGGGGAGUUGACGCCCAAAGGCGUGGAGAUGAUGAUAGACGGGAAGUUUCCGCUGAGGGGCGGAGCCACGGGGAUCGAAAAUUGCCAGGAUGGCAACAUGGCAACCCUACCCAACUCCAGCAGCGCGACCGUGUAUAUGGAGGGCGUCAAGGAGCUGGAUGAGAGUCGCAAAGAAGUCAUUCGUAUCCUGAAGGAUCUGAAGCAGAAGUAUCCAGAGAAGGAACUGGAUCAGCUGAUGGAGCUGGCCAACUACUACGCCCUCCUCCACCAGCAGAAGAGCCGAGCCUUCUACCGCGUCCAGGCCACGCGCAUGAUGAUCGGAGCCGGCAACGUGCUUAAGAAGCACGCGGCGGAUAACGCUCGCCGCGCGGCCGCAACGCCCACCGACGGAGCCGUGGAAGAUGGCGACCUGGCCACCUGCAGUCGCAUUUCAUUCGAGAGCUCUCACACUCAGUGCAUGGAGAACUGCGGCGUGAUCUCCAUAGCUGUGGUGUGUCGGGGUGGUCUAGGUGAGAGUACGUUUUACGUUGACUACUGCACGGAAGACGGCACUGCCAAUGCCGGCUCGGAUUACAAGUACUGCGAGGGGACGCUGGUCUUUAAACCUGGAGAAACCAGGAAAGAAAUAAAGGUGGGCAUCAUAGAUGACGACAUCUUCGAAGAGGACGAACAUUUCUUUGUGCGUUUGCUGAAUCUACGUAUCGGUGAUGCCGAGGGCAUGUUUGAGAGCGAUGAUGCGGACCAGGGACCCAAGGCUCGGCUGGUUGAACCGCUGAUGGCCACGGUCACCAUCCUGGACGACGACCACGCUGGAAUCUUCACGUUCACGGAACGUCUGAUGCGAGUGAGCGAGAGCGUGGGUACCAUGGAGGUGACGGUGGUCCGUAACUCCGGCGCCAGGGGAACCGUGAUCAUCCCGUACCACACGGAGCCCGGGACGGCCCAAGGGGACGGGGUCGACUACGAGGACACGCACGGCGAGCUGGAGUUCACCAAUGACCAGACGACUCAGACUAUCCAGGUGAGGAUCAUUGACGAUGAGGAGUAUGAGAAACAUGAGAACUUCUUCAUUGUUCUUGAGGAACCUCGCUGGCUGAAGAGAGGAAUAUCAGCCCUGCUGCUGAACCAAGAUGGUCCUGAGGGGGAGCUGAGCGCCGAGGAGGAGGAGGCGCGGAGGAUAGCAGAGAUGGGGAAGCCCAUUUUAGGAGAGCACAGUCAACUGGAGGUGGUGAUCGAGGAAUCCUAUGAAUUCAAGAGCACCGUUGAUAAACUGAUCAAGAAGACCAACCUGGCGCUGUUGAUUGGCACUCAUUCGUGGAGAGAGCAGUUUGUGGAGGCCGUGACCGUCAGCGCAGGUAACGGGGAUGAAGAUGAAGAGGAGGGCGGAGAGCAGCAUCUCCCGUCCUGCUCCGAUUACAUCAUGCACUUCCUGACGGUCUUCUGGAAGGUUCUGUUUGCGUUCGUUCCACCCACAGAAUACUGGAACGGCUGGGCUUGCUUCGUGGUAUCCAUCGUUGUAAUCGGCCUCCUCACUGCCGUCAUCGGAGACCUGGCGUCGCACUUCGGCUGCACCAUAGGGCUUCGCGACACGGUCACGGCGGUGGUGUUCGUAGCUUUGGGCACCUCUAUCCCAGACACGUUUGCAAGUAAAGUCGCCGCGGUUCAGGAUCAGUACGCCGACGCCUCCGUGGGAAACGUGACGGGCAGCAACGCCGUCAAUGUGUUUCUGGGCAUCGGAGUGGCUUGGUCCGUGGCGGCCGUUUACUGGGCCGCCCAGGGCAAGAAGUUUGAAGUGGACCCCGGGUCGCUGGCCUUCUCCGUCACGCUUUUCACCGUCUUCGCCUUCAUCUGCAUGGGGGUGCUGUUGUUUCGGCGCAGGCCGUCUAUCGGGGGAGAGCUGGGCGGCCCCCGGAGCUCACGCAUCCUUACUAUCAUCCUCUUUCUGGGUCUGUGGUUCCUGUAUAUCCUGUUCUCCAGCUUGGAGGCGUAUUGCCACAUCGAGGGUUUCUAAACAUCUACUUGACAAACAAAUUAAAGGCGUAAACACACAAUACACACAUACUGAUACGUACAAGGGUUAUGAGCCUGAAAGCCAAAGCCAUGUUUCAUUAGCUGAAUGCAUCUUCAUGGAAAUCUACACACAGACCUAUAACAAGUACUACACUACAAAAUAUACAUAAAGAGAGGAAAAGAUGGAGAUAAAAGAAACAUAUUGUAUGUAGCAAAGAGAGACAAGUAUGGGUGUGAAGAAAGAAAACUGCUGUAAAAUAGUCUCAUUUUUAAUCUUGUCGUCCUUCAGCUCAAGGGCACAAGAGUAAGCGUGUGUUUCAUGUAGAUAGAUUUUAAACACCACAUUCAAGAUCUUUCAAGACAUUUUCUUCAACAGUGACAAACAAUUGAUGCAUUUGAGGUACACGCCAAAUGUCGCUCUAAAGUUUGAAUACUUUAAAGGGGUAUUUCCGCUAAACCUGGGUGUAUACUUGGCCGUCAAUCACGAUGGUCCAGGAGAUCUUACAAAGCAAAUGCAAACAUUUAGAGUCACUUUGAGCGACAGUGCGGUAUUACAUUAUUAAUCCAACAUCAUGUUCAAACGGUAGCACACAUUGCCCACGAAACUCCUGCACUAAUAUUGUCAAUAUUAGAAAAUGAAGAUCCGGCAUGGCUUUGAAAAAAAGGCAUUUGGACUGCUCACACUUGAUAUUUGUUUUGCAUCGAUAUCGUCACUGCCAGAUAUCUGUCAGAAGCCCAAAAUGUGUAUCAGACGACAAAACUUUGACAAUGAAGGAAGUGAACCUAAAUGAACCUCUGAAGCGUAGUCACAGCUUAAAGCAACCGUGUCCAGAUAUGACACGUUCAUGCAUAUUCGACUCAAAUGGUGUAGUUAAACGAAUGCAAUGGAAACCUCAUCUUUAUGACAUCACAAUGACGACUUUGGUCUCCAGAAGAUCAUGCAGUUGCAUCUCCAUAUCGUCCCUGACAUCGGACGCCGAUUAUUUCACAUCGCUGCCUGGUGUGAUGUACUGUACUGUACGUACAAUACAGUCUUAUUCGGACUUCUUGGAGAUUACUCCUUCAAACAAACUGAGAUUUUUUUGUCUUGAUCUGCAAGGUGUGCAUUCACGUUCGUUUAUUUGUGUGACUAAAUAAUGUGAAUCAUAUAAAAACAUGCUCGCAUAUCACCUCAGAUUUAUAAAGAAACUAAAAAUGUUAAUCUAAAAUACUCAUCGAGCUAUUAAGAUUGCGUAAACCUGUCUGGAGCUUUUCGUGCUACAAUUUCUUGAACGAAGAUGCUGGAAGGUGUACCGACUAACUAGACAUUAAUGUGAAAGCUGAUCGUCCCUUAAAUAGUCAUGCCUGAAUCUGAAGCGUUUCGGUUCCUGACAGAUUCACAAUAAAAUGUUUACUGUAGAGCACUCAGGAUUGUGCGUUUACGUAUACGUAAGGGUUUUUUAUGUCUGUCUGUAGGUGUUUGUAUAAAGCUACUGUAUGUGGUGUGUCGUCCUCCUGGUUUUCGCCUCCAGGGCUGGACUUUUGUCCGCGGUCUAGUCUGCAUGAUGGACCACGUGUUGGCAGAACUAUAAACGGCAUGCUUUGACUCAAAAGACAUGCAUGAAUUUGAAGUUUACAGUGUUUGUUGCUAAAAUGGACAAUGUUUUCAUUUACAUUAGAUGAAAGAAAAUAAUGAUGAUGGCUGCCUGUGUCAGAUUUGUGUGGUUUGUGAUAUAUAAGCACUGCUUUGAGGUCAGUAAUCCUGGUUUGCAAACACCUUAUUUAAUAUAUUAACUUAAACAUUAAUUUAUUGAAGAGCAAGUGUACAAUAUUAUUCUUGCCUCUUUUUUUGUCUUGUAUAUGUUCUUUUCCGUUUUUGUAUUUUUCAUUUUUAAUAUCGUCUCUGUUUACAGUUCAGCAGUAAGAGAUAUAAUCCACUGACUGAGAUGUUCAGUUUCAUACGUUCAGCUUCAGAUAUUUCACAAACAGACUGUUACUCAUUCGGUCAUUAGUUUAAAACUUUACAACAGUGACAACUUUAUUUUAGUUUAGAAAGUUUUUUUUUUGUUUAUUUUCAUGAUUGAUCUUGAUAUCUGUAACAUUAAUGAUGGAAAACUCCUGCAUUAACAGUAACCAAUCUUUUGUUUCCUCCUAAGGGACUUAUUAAUUAUUUAUUUAUCAUUUAAUAAUGAAGCAUAGCCGUGUUUUAAUUGUCUCUGUAUUGUGUUCUGUAUCAAAGCUGUUUGUGUUUCUUCGAGUGCAACAGAAACCAAAAUGAUUCAUUCAGAGCGUGCAAUCUGCUGUCAUCCCCUGAGCAUCAGCAAUACGUCGUGCGGUUUGUUGCGUGCACUGGCGUCGCAGUAAAGCCCUUUCGGUUCGUCUCGUGCCUAUUCAACACUACCGAGCCCCUAAGGUGACAUUGGAGUAAAAAAUAUCUAAAGUUUAGUUUCAUGUGCGCACGUGAAACUAAACUUUAUUUAAUUUUUGCUCCAUGUCCCCUUAGGGGCUCCGUACGACCCUGUCGCUUGCUUUAAGCUUUUCUUUAGCUCAGUGGUUCUCAAACUGGGGGGCAUAAGAUGGUACCAGGUUAUGAAUUUUUAACAAUAGAAUAAUCAUAAAUUCUCAUAAUUAAACCUCAGAGAAAUAAGGCUGCUAACUAGCAGCACCAUAUUGUAUUAUUUAAUAUGUUUUGUUUAAUUAAAAUACUAAGUUUGAGAUUAUUUUAUGUUGUUAAUUUGCUUUGGAAGGCCACAAAAGGAUGCACCAUUUACUGUAAACCCAGACAAGUUGAAUUCAUCUUAAAAAAUUAGAGGAAAGUUUUUGCACUAAAAAAAUUAAGUAAU